AUUCUUUGGAUGAAAUGCGUCAUCCAAAGGAAAGAUUAAGGAUUUCCAAUCCUGCUAGUGUCCUCAUUGUUGGCAUCCUUUACUGUCUUACGAUUCUUGCUUUAAUAAUAACGGUGCCUGAGGAUUUCAAGGAUUAUUACGAUGAUCCUGUAACUAUGAGUGCAAAAUUAGGAAAAGUAAUUAAUUCGGAAGUUGGAAUAUCAAUCUUAAUUGCAAUUUCUUGUUUCGGUGCAGUAGGUUCUGGUAUAUGGGGUAAUUCAAGGCUCAUAGCUUCUGUGGCCAAAGCUAGAUUUAUCCCAGCAUUCUCUCCAGUUUUAGAAAAAUUUGACGAAAAAUGGUUUACUCCAUUCAAUGCUUUAAUUUUUCAAUGGUGCUAUUUAACCGUUAUAAUUAUAAUUUGCCUUCCAUUGGGUAAACCCUACGAUGUACUUGUUUUACGUAAAACUGAACCAGAACGACCUCGUCCAUUCAGAAUCGAUAUAACUUGGGUUUACUUUUUUAUACUUUUUUCACUAGCCAUCUUUGUUGGAACAUUCUUUCCCAGACCCGAAACCAAAAAUUAUAUUGAAACUCGAUCACAAAGAAGUCGUAGUCGAUUUCAUUAUUCUGGUCAUGGGAGAAAGUACGACCCUGAUACCAUAUUGGCAAUACUUAAUGAAUUAAUUAAAAUAAAUGAAGAAGCUAUAAGUUCAAGAUUAGGACAUGAAAUUAGUUCAGGAUUUUGUUACUGUGCAGUAUGUGCUAGAAAAUAUAUCCGGGAUACGGGAUACUCCGUUUAA